UAAACUCGCGCAAUCCUGCCGCAAAUCGAUCGACCUCUCACUUGUUUCGGGAGUGUAGUGCGUAGUACACUAUGAAAAUUGAAUCGUAGGACAGGACUUGGAUUACGAGAAUAGAAAAUAAUUUCAAAAUCGAUCGACAUGAGGAAGGAUUGGGACGCGGUGGCCACGAUGGGUUGCUUGAAAGUCCUGCUGAUAAUGUUCAACUGUUUUAUGUGGUUAUUUGGCAUAUUGCUACUUACCACCGCAAUAUGGAUGCGAAUUCAACUUUACGAUGUAAUGGACGUAAGCUCGGAGAGCACCAGGGCAGCUUUAUUGGCAUUGGCCUGUCUGAGCGGUGUUAUAACUUUGGCAGCGGUGUUCGCUUGCUGUUGCACAAUUCACGGCCAUUCAGCCCUCUUAUUCCUGUACGGUGCAUUCUUAGCUAUUGUUGCAUUACUGGUUCUUACGGGUGGUGCAUCGAUUUAUGCUUACCGUGCCACUUUAAAUGAAAAAUUCGACCACGAUCUCAAUCAAACAAUGUCCGUCUAUAAGCACGACGAGAUCAAGACCAUCCACAUCGACACUAUGCAGUCUACAUUGCAGUGCUGCGGUAACAGAGGUUUCGCUGAUUGGUCCGACAUGUCUCCACCGAUGGAAAUUCCACUGUCUUGCUGCAAAGUGGCAGAAUAUGUGUGUAACGUUAAUGACGUAAACGAUAUUUAUACCGAGGGCUGCUACACUCGUGUGUUACAACUGAUAAACUGCAACAUCGGCUUGGUCGCUAAAAUAGCGAUCGGCGUAGCAUUCUUUCCGCUUAUAGGGGUCUUCUUAGCCUGUUGCUUAGCUAACAAGAUUAAUAAAACCAAGUACGAGCAGGUUGCUUAGAAUUUGCGCCGGUUGCAGAAAAGCUCGUCGUGUCGGUAAGAAAACUGCGCAACGUUCGAAAGUCGUACAAUUACAAUUUGUAAGAAAAUGUCGGAAAGAACGGGACUGUUAUUUUUCUUAUUACGCUUAACCGGUACAACCAAAGUUUCACUAUGAAACGAUUAAAUUCAAUCAGACGAACUCGAAUCUCUCUUCCGUCUUUUGCGACAACUUCUUUCGACACGUUCCAUCCUACGUACACCGUUCGAGCUUCUCGCUCGCAUGUAUCUUCCUAUUACUUCUUACGCUUAUUUGAAAAUCUCGGCGAUUCGAACGAAAAGUUCAACGUGGAUCUGUACACAACGUAAAACUACGUGUCAAAGAGUUACACUCUUUGAACGAAUCGAACGAAUCUGAAUUUAAUCAUUCCCAUUCUUCGGAGAAACGGGCGUCCACAUGUUAUUAUUAUCCGUAUAUGUCGUAAAAACCUUUUAAAUAUCUUUAUCGUCACGUUCGAUUCUCAUAAAAUUCUUGUAAGAAGAAUAAAUAGUUACUGCGUCCUGUGCGCAUAGUUGUACAAGAAAGAAAACACAAUCGUAGUUGAAGACGGGAACGAAGAAUAUCAAAUACGAUAAAAUAUGCGCGUUUUCACGAAGAAAGAAUUUACAUUUCAUGAAAAACAGAUCCACGAUUAUCGAGGUUAAUUAAAGAAAAAGAUACGAGUUCCUCGAUGCGUCUAAUUAGCGCAAAUUUGAUUGUUUUCUUUUUUAAUUAAGUCGAUGAAAAUGAACAACUGCGAAAUCUACAAUUGCGAAAUCGACAACUGCGUCCGAUCGAUGAUCCUAAUGUUUCGUUAUGCAGUUAAUCGCAUAAUUAAUCGCCCGUUCAGGCUUGCAACGUUAACAACGCACAGAACAACAAACGUAAUUCCAUAAAAUAAACUGAAAUAUAAUCCGACUUACAUAUCUUAUUAAUCGUUUAGAUGAUUGCGUUGAAACAUAUUCUAUCUAAUAAAACAGAGUAGUGGACAAUUGCAGCAAAAUUUCAAGUAACUUUCCAACAAUUUAAAGGUAAUUUAAAGGUAUUUAUAUAAGAUAAAUGAAACUACAUACAUGCAUGUAUGAAAUAUCGUCUAAGUAUAUAUCUUUUCAAGCCUAUAUUUUAUGGAUAUACCUGCAGAAUCUAUACUUUUUCCUACUCUUUUAUCAUUUUAAAUAUAACUAACCAAUUCAUUUAUCAAAUAUCUUUAACCUUUAAAUUAAGGAAAUACAAAUAUAAAUGGCAUAAACUAACGUUCGUAACUCGGUACAGUUUAAAGCUCAGAAAUUGUCAGAAAAUAUUUCGGAAUAUAUUUCGUUCGGCGUCGAUAUUAAACACGUUUGAACAACUAGAACGCGAAGCAACGUCCGUUUGAUAAAUACAAUUACGAUCCGGAACAUCGAUAUACCACAAUGAUCGAUCUCGACGAAUACGUAUAACCAGAUAUAAGUGGCAAGAGAAAGUUCCGUUAAUUACUGUAAUACGCGAAAGUCUUCGAGAUACGACUUCAAAUUCUAUUUUUAUUAUUAAACAACACUCACGUUUACACUAAUUUUUACCAACUUUUCUUUAGCUUUAUACGUUACUGUGUUCAUAUUUUUAAUAAAACCAAACACACCAUUCUCUACUAUCAGUUUACCGGUACUAUUUUAAUAAUAGUAAUUAGAGAUUUAACGUAAUUACUUUGUUCUGCUUGCGACAGUUGUUAGCUUGCUCGUUAGUUGCGCGUAUCGACUACGUCUAAAACGUUACAUCGUUUGGUUAGAAUUUCAUUAUCGAUGCUUGAUGAUUUCCUAAAUAUGAAAAAGGUAACGCGAUUGCCUUGCGAUGUACGUGAUCUUGUAUGUGUGUGUGUGUGUGUGUGUGUAUAUAUAUAUAUAUAUAUAUAUAUAUAUAUAUAUAUAUAUAUAUAUAUAUAUAUAUAUAUAUAUAUAUAUAUAUAUGCAUGUAUACGCAUAUAUGUUGAUAGAUAUAUAUCUUAUAGCGAAUGUGCUGUCCGAAUCGUAAACUGACGGCCACUCCAAAUCGCAAACAAUAUUUUCACGUUAGAGAGGAAACAAACGAACAACUUACUUUUCGAUAAUUGUGAUUUUCCUCAUCUUAUACCAUCUUAUAGAUAUAUAUAUAUAUAUAUGUAGGCAUGUACUUGUAUACGGAUAAAAGUAUGUUUGAAAAAUACUUUUAUCGUUUUGUAUUUUUUCCGUUAUCUUUUAUUAAGAAUUUUAUUUCAUUCCGUUCCGAUUAAUAUUUCAGAAAAUGGCAGAAAGUUUUUUUUUUUUUUUUUUUUUUUUUUUUUUUUUUUUUUUUUUUUUUUUUUUUGAGAUACAUCGAUCUUUCUUGUUCUUGCGACUUUGCGACAUGUGUAAUGUAUACUUUUAUGCGCAUACAAGUACAUAUAUAAACUGUUGCAGAGAAUUAUUACUCUUGAGA